UUUGAAAUACUGCGCGAUAAAAUUUCUAUGACUGCGAGUGUAAACAAAAUACUGGCUGAUAAAAUAUAUUUUAGAUCAACAUGUUUAUUCAAUUCUCUCAGCGCAAGUCCGGAAAAAUAACCCUAAAUUUAAACAAUAAAUUUAUCGUUAAAGGUAGAAAAACAUUGCGCUUGUAUGAAAAAAAAAACAAUGAACAGUUUGAUAAAACAUAAAUGAAUUUUUAUGCGUAGAAAAAAUUUAAAAUUAAUUAUUUAUUAAUUGUUUUUAUUGCAAUUUAAAACCCCCGUUUUUGUAUGUUUACAUUUUUAUCUUCAAUCAUUGACGUCUCGGUGCGAACAACAAUGGGGGCGGGAUUUUUAGUGAAAUACUGCAAUCUGAUUGGUUGAAUCGUAAGCCGGAAAAUCAAAAGACUGUUAAUUUGGAUUUGCAAAAUACACAACAAAAAAAUUGUAGAGAGAGAUAUGCGUGGUGGAGUUUUUGUUUUACGCAUGAGUGUUGUGAUUAAAUGAAAAAUCUGCUAUAAUCUUUAAUUUAUAAGGUAAAAUGAAUUUUCUUUAAUUUUAUCUUUGAAAAAAGGUUUUAAUAUUUAUUACUUUAUGACAGGUCAGAAUAAAUGAAACACUCGUUUUAAGAAUAAAAAAAUAAAAUUGUAUUUUUUAAAACAAGACAGAAGAAAGAACGACGAAUCAAAGACAAGUUUAAAGAACGUUGUAAAGUUAUGUAUACAUAAAAGAAAGUAUCUAGUAACCGAAGAGAUGUGUGUUGGAAUAAAAAUUUUCUUACUCAUUUUUUACGUCGCAAGAUGUCUAGCCAGCGCACCACCUUAUAAUCUUCAUGAAGGCAUGAACUGGAAGUGCGAGCCAAUACGCAUAGCUUUUUGCAAAGACCUUAAAUACAAUAUUACAGUCAGUAACUAUAACGACGAAAAUCAAGAAGACCAUGAGAAGUUUUUAAAAUCAUUCCAACCUUUAAUACAAACUAGAUGUUCAAAACACUUAAGAUUAUUUUUAUGUGCUUUGCGAGUUCCGUUGUGUCAUUCUGACUUUCCAAAACCCAUUACGGCGUGUCGAAGUUUAUGUGAAGAUGUGCACAAAAAUUGUCGCGAUACGUUACUACCACAUGUUAAGCGUAUACCUGCAGUUUUUAAUUGCUCAAGGUUGAAAGAAAAUAAAGAAGAUCAAAUGUGUUUGGACGGUGGCGUGAAAAAAACUCACUUUUAUCCUACAACGACUACAAAACGAACCAAAAACACAAAAACUUCAAAAAAGUCAAAACCAACCAUUCGCCGAGUUAAAACAAAUCACGUCAGAAAGACAGCAAAGAUCACGUCUGCCGCGACAUUUUGUCGAGUUUUAUAUUCAAGAAAUAGUCAAAAUUAUUUUUAUGUCGAUAAAGUUCAAUCCUGUGCGUUGGGAUGCAUGAAGGAUGGGUUAUUUACAUCUUCUGAAAAACAGUUAGCUGAGAAAUGGAUCAUGGCAUUAGCGUGUUUAUGCGUAUUGAUGUCUGUGUUGUCAUUAUUUGUUGUCGUGUUCAAUUAUCACAAGACAGCCUAUCCUGAACGAACAAUUUCUUUUAUCGUAGUUUGCUAUCUCUUCUAUGGCUUAGCGUAUGUUAUCAGACUUGUAUACAGUAGAGAAGGAGUCAGCUGCCAAGAGGAAAAUGGUUUUCAAUAUUUACUCGUUGACGGCUCCGGUAACAUAACGUGCGCAGCAACAUUUGUUUUGGCGUAUUGUUUUUCUUUAGCUCAAAAUAUUUGGUGGAUCAUGCUCUGUUUAACGUGGUUUUUAAGUGCAGGCAUAAGAUGGAAUUCAAAUGCGAUAAAAUCCAAAUCUUCGUACUUUCACGUGGUGGCGUGGGGCGUUCCAUGCGCCAUCACGAUCGUUGUGCUAGUCUUACGGAAAAUCGAUGUGAACGAACUUACUGGUAUUUGCUCGAUCGGGAAUAGAUACGAAAACCUUUCCACUUUGCGAGCGUUUGUGCUUGGACCUUUAUUUACAUUUUUGGUCAUGGGUUCUAUGUUUUUGUUGUUUGGUUUUAUCGCUUUACUUCGCAUUCCUGGACAUUUGAUCAUGGAAGUAAACGCCAGGUCAAAUUUAAAGCGGCCGCUGGCACCCGUGGCUGUUUAUGCGGCUCUACAUACUUUCUUUUCAACCUUCAUUCUUGCGAGCUACUUUUACGAGUACUUUAAUAAAGCCGCUUGGUAUCAUGAUCCAGCAACAACCGGACCAAAUUAUAUAGUGUUUUUGGUGCGACUUAUUAUGGAGUUUUUUAUUGGACUUUGUGCCUCACUGUGGUUGUUAUGUGUACACACACCGCCGCUCUACAAGAAAUUUAAACUGAAGUUGUGUCGAUCUGAGGUGGUUAUGAAUAGCCCACCUGAUCAUACACUCCUAGAUCCCGUCAGAUCGCAAACGGAUACAAACGAAACUAGCAUUUAAAUACACUUAUGAUAUAUUUUAAAACUUGUUACCCCAAAUAUAGCUAAAGAGGGACUGAGGCAAAGAGGGAUUAUAGCGCAACUCUGAAAAAAAGAUUUUCUUUGAUUUUCCUUCCUAAUCUAGGGCGAAAAGAUGUUGAUUAUAUCCACUUCAAAGCUAACUGCAGGUUGGAUAAAUAUUUUUCUUUGUCAAACAACAUCUUUCUCAAGCAUUGUUAAACUGAAAGAUAGUUUCCUGUAAACUCGCAUGAUUUGUGGGAGAUCUGGAAACGAAGUUGUGGUGAUGUCAUCUAGUGUUUUCGAGAGUUUAUUUUGGUUUGUUUUUGUUUUUGUUAAUGAAAUUUGUCUACAACUUUAUUUUUUCUUUAUUUUUUAAAACAAUAUUUUUAUAUAUGCUCGUAAAAUGUUUUCUAUUAAAUACUUUUGCUGUGUCUUGAAAGUGCUUUGGCUUUGUUUUCCUAUUGUUGUGAAGUUUCUGUUGGUCUCAUUAGUAAAAAUAAAUUAUGCUUUGUUGAACAUUAUCUUUUUAUCAAGCCUGGUUUAUCUGCGUUGAAUCUUUUUUGUUUCUGUCACCACCUCCACGGAAUGUCUCGUUCUGUUUGUUUUCAGUUUUGUACUGCAAACAUGUGGUUAGCAGGCUGUAUUAUAUGUAUAGAUAAACAUAAUGUGAGAAUUUUUUUAAAGAGAAUUAAUUGAUGAAUGUUUUUUCUCCGUGUAAAUUUUUAACCAGAAGUAGAUUGAAUUAUAAAAACAGAAAAAUACACGAGAUGGAAGAA